AAGGCCGUUGCGCUCGUUUGCUUGUUUAAUUUUGUGUUAGCGAAGGUGAUGCAGAGAGAGUGAGUACGGGAGAGGAGAGAGAAAUCAGUUUUGUAUCUUUUUGGUGGUUCUUUCUCAUUUUGUAGGUAUUAGGUACGGAGUAACGGAGGCAAGGAGGCAGACUCGGCAGCUUGACUUUGUUGAAGAGCACAAUUCAGGCAAGGCCUUGAAAUCGGAGUGUUAGAAUCUUAGAAGUUGCUGUUUCAACAGAAGGAAUGGAGGUAUAUGGCAAAUCUAUGGUUGCAGGUCCUGCAAAUGUUAUUUAUCUGUCAAGUAUUUUGGGUCGAGAUGGUCCCAUUCCUGGUCACAAAUGCGACUGGAAAUGUGAAAACGAACAUGUUUGUGGAAACAUGUAUCGCUGCAAGCUAACAGGGCUGACUCACAUAUGUGAUAAAAACUGCAAUCAGAGAAUUUUGUAUGAUAACCAUAGCUCUCUUUGCCGAGCAAGUGGUAAAAUUUUCCCUCUUACACCAACAGAGGAACAAGCAGUGAGAGGUGUCAGAAGAAAGCUCGAUGCGGACAAUUCACCCUCUGACAGCUGUGGUGGUUUUAAGCGUAGACGGGAUGCACAAAUUCAUCCUUCUCCUUUUGAGAGAUCUUUCUCUGCUGUCAGUCCUAUCUGCAGCCAAGUUGGAGAUGGCAUGGAUAUGAGCUAGAUUUUUAUCAUAUAACUCAAAAAGACUCUAAUAAUUUCUUGUCCUUUUGGACAUUUUUCCUUUUUCUAUUGGACUAGUUACAGAACUUGAUCAAUUGUGGACUACUUAUUGCUGGACCUUACGUGUCCCUCUGUUGUAGGAACUCCUUAUAUUUCUAGUAUUUAUGUAAUAGUUCUUGAAAUAGCUUGACUGUUCGAUGGUGAGUUUAUGGAACUUAAAUAGACAUCAGUCUCUUGCUAACCUUAUUGAGAAGCAGACUGCUGUAGCGAGCUACAACUGCAUGAUGUAUUCUGGCCUUUAUGAUGCUUGAUAAUGAUUAUGGACCACAGUAUUGUACUAUAUAUUAGCAAUCUGUAACCCUUUUCUGGUUUGCUCUGAAGUUUAUAUCGAUAGUUAAUCUGUUAUAGCAGGGAUAAUCCGAUUGUAGUAUUUAUGUACUAGUAAUUUGUACCUUACUGUUAGGAUUUGUAUUCUUUCACCUCUUCUGUUUCCCUGAGUUAGAUUAAACUAACAGGUGACCACUGUCAAUGUUGUCACUUCCUGACUGAUCUCUUUAUUCAGGGUUUGUUGGUAACCUUUACUUCUGUAAGCUCAGGUUCUCUCUGGUUCUUCAUAUGAACAAGAUCUUUGCCAUGUUAUCUGGUGAAAGGUUUAGUAGUUCAGCUUUGCAGCUGUAUUGAUUAUCGCUCUAUAGCUCAUUCUCUCCGUGAUUUGAUUGAUAACUAGCUGUCUGAGGUUAAUGUAACUUGUGCAGGUUUUGAAGCAGAAGCUACCAAGGAGCCUUGAAAACAUUUUGUUUGCAAUACUGAAUAAAUUUGUGAAGUCAAUAUGCUGUGCUAGAUGAUGAAGUGAUACGUGUCUUGUUUGUUCAAUGCAGGAUGCCUCUGCUGCAGAGUGGAGAAGAUGAUGGAUGCGGAUCUGGAAACAAUUUCCAAGAGUGAAGCUAAUCUGACGUGAUGUUAGAAGAGUUGGAAUUGACAAUCCUGAUGCUGCUUAUAAGAUUAUGGUGAUUACCAAAACUGGAUUCUGAAAGCCGAAAAAGGCAGGUUGAUGAAACUUCGGAACACAAGAUCUCAUUGAUAUAUUCCACUAUACGCCGCUUCAGACGGUGGCAUUGAGCUGAUGGCAAGGAGAGUGGCUGCGACUGCAAGUGCAAUUCUUGUAAUUACCAUAGGUCUAUCAAAGCUUGCCCGUUAUUUCUACUGCUGAGAAGAUGCAGAGUUUGGAUUCUCGUAUUCUUGCCUUAGAUCUGUAACUAUUAAGUUUAAUUUACAUGACAACCAGCGUUCGGCUUUUGGAGGUGAUAUUAGUGACUAUCCUUUGGCCUCUCUCUAUUAA